AUGGUUAUAGAUGGAAAGCUGCAGGUGGGGGUUUUGUCCUGUUCUCUCCACAGAAGUUCAGAAACUUUUUGGACGACGACAGGCAUGUUCCCACAGGAAUUCAUUAUUGGUUUUCCUAAAUGCGUAAAAAUCAGCAAAGUCGCAAUCCAGUGUUACUUGGUGCGGACCUUGAGGAUUGAAAAAAGUGUAUCUAAAGACCCAGUAGGUUUUGAAGAGUGCAUUGAAAAAGAUUUGCAACACACAGAAGGACAGCUUCAAAUGGAAGAAUUUCCACUUCCUGAUUUCCAAGCAACUUACUUGCGUUUCAUCAUCAAAUCUGCCUUUGAUCAUUUUGUAUCAGUGCACCGGGUGAUGGCAGAGGGCACUGCAGAAAACACUUAA